AUGAAGAGACUUCAACAGAUGAGCGCCCGCACCACCGUGUUGAGCGCGGCCAGUGCUGGCCGGGCCUCAGCCUUUGGUCGGAGGGCCUACCAAGGGCGGCCCCAAAUGUUGAGUGCAGACGACGCUGUGAAGGUGAUCAAGACGGGCGACCGAGUUUUCGUCCACAGUGUGGCAGCGGCUCCUCAGGCCCUCAUCCACGCCAUGACGCGCCGGGCACCCGAGCUGCGGGACGUCGAGGUGUGCCACAUGCACAUCGAGGGUGACGCGUCGUACGCGGACAAGAAGUACGAGGGCUCGUUCAAGAACAACAACUUCUUCGUGGGCAAGAACGUGCGCAAGGGCGUGCAGGAGGGCGCCUCGAUUACACGCCCCGAGAUCCCGCUCCUCUUCCGCCGCGGCAUCCUCCCGCUCGACGUCGCCCUCAUCACCGUGUCGCCGCCGGACCAGCACGGGUUCUGCUCGUUGGGUACCUCGGUGGACGCCAGCUUGGCGGCCGUCCAAUGCGCCAAGACGGUCAUCGCCCAAGUCAACCCCCACAUGCCCCGUACGCACGGCGAUGGGUUCGUGCACGAGAGCGCCAUCAGCUUCAUGGUGGACGGGCCGGCCCCCCUCAUCGAGCACAAGCGUGGCAAGGUCACCGAGACGAUCGGCAAGAUCGGCAAGUACGUCCUGGUCCUGCUGAUGAAGUGGCGAUGCAUGAUAAUGUGCAUGAUGAUGCAUGAUGAUGAAGUGGCGCUGGCGCUGGCCGCAGCAACGCCAAUGGUGGCAACGAACGUGGCGCAGCUCGUGGAGGACGGGGCAACGCUGCAGAUGGGCAUCGGCGUGAUCCCCGAUGCUGUGCUGGCCGAGCUCACGCACCACAAGAAGCUCGGCAUCCACACCGAGAUGUUCUCCGACGGCAUCAUCGACCUGGUCGAGCGUGGGGUGAUCACGGGCGAGAACAAGGUUAUCGCCCCGCGCACCAUCACCGUGGGCUUCUGUCUGGGCACCAAGCGCCUCUACGAUUUCGUGCACGAGAACCCCGCCGUGCAGUUCCGCGCCAUUGAAUGGGUCAACAACCCCAUCCUCAUCAAGGAGAACCCCAAGAUGACCGCCAUCAACAGCGCGGUCGAGGUGGAUCUCUCGGGCCAGAUCUGUGCCGACUCGAUUGGUUCGAAGCUCUACUCGGGCGUGGGCGGGCAGAUGGAUUUCAUGCGCGGCGCUGCUCUCUCCCACGGCGGCAAGCCCAUCAUCGCCCUGCCGUCGACCACCUCACGGGGCGAGAGCAAGAUUGUGCCGCGGCUCAAGCGCGGCGCAGGCGUCGUGACCACGCGUGCCCACGUCCACUGGGUGGUGACGGAGUGGGGCGCGGUGAAUCUGUUCGGCAAGCCGGUCAAGGAGCGCAUGAAGGCCCUCAUCUCCAUCGCCCAUCCCCUCCACCGGCCCUGGCUGGAGAAGGAGGUCGAGCGGGGCUUCUGGUUCGACGUCGACGAGAACUCCCCCAAGAUCCCUGAGUCUGCGCACGUCGACGAGUGGAUGGCCGCCAUGGCCAGCGCAGCAGCAGCAGAACCCCGUUGGCGUGUGAAGUGGUGA